AUGUCUUCAGAAUUAGCGCGAAAAAUUUUAUUAAAUUCUGGCUACGAAAUACCGAUAAUUGGCCUCGGGACGUGGCUGUCAAACGAAGGCGACGUAGCGAAAGCGGUGAGCAGCGCUGUCCAAGUCGGCUACCGGCAUUUCGACUGUGCCUAUGCCUAUAUGAAUCAGUUCGAAAUCGGAAACGAGUUGAAUCGAUUGUUUAACGAUGGAAUCGUUAAGCGAUCUGACGUUUUUAUAACAUCAAAAGUAUGGAAUACGUUUCAUUCGUAUGAUCGAGCGAUACAAAAUGUUGACGAUAUUUUGAAAGAAUUAAAGACAGAUUAUUUAGAUUUAUGUCUUAUACAUUGGCCUCACGGUUAUGAAGAAGGUCGAUCUAUGUUUCCUUUGACAUAUGAUGAAAAAAAAAUGCGAUACUCGGAUGUAGACUAUAUAGAAACAUGGAGAGCAUUGGAGGCAUGUGUUGUAAGCAAGAAAGUUAGGUCGAUAGGUGUUUCCAAUUUCAAUCAUAAACAGAUCGAAAGGAUAAUUGGUGACUGUAGCAUUAAACCAGCUGUUCUUCAAGUCGAGCUUCAUCCUUAUUUCCAACAGAGAAAGCUCAGAGACUUUUGCAAAGAGCAUGGGAUUGUAGUUACAGCCUUCAGUCCUCUUGGAAAUCCAACUAUGCCGUUCCGUAAAAAAGAUGAUCCUAUCAUCUUUGAUGAACCAAUCAUUAAGAAAAUCGCUGAAACUCAUGGAAAAACCCCAGCGCAGGUAAUAUUGCGAUGGGCAAUCCAACAAGAUAUUGUUGUUAUUCCGAAAUCGGUAACACCAGCGAGAAUACACGAAAAUAUCAAAUUAUUUGAUUUCACAUUAGAACCAGAUGAAAUGAGUCUCAUUGAUUCACUUGACCGUAAUUGGCGUAUUCUUAAUUUAUAUUCUAGGGACGGAGAUCAUCCGUUAUAUCCUUUCAAUGAAGAAUAUUAA